GGCGCAAUGGAGAGGGCGGUGUGGGAGCAAUGGCCUCAUGCCUUCAUGGAGACACCCGAGGGCAUCCGUCUGUAUUACGUCGACGUGGGCCCUCGCGACGGCCUCCCUGUCGUGAUGGUACAUGGGUGGCCUGAUCUCUGGUUCGGCUGGCGGCACCAGAUCCAAGCGCUAAGCCCCAAGUAUCGACUCAUUGUACCCGAUGUCCGUGGCUUUGGUCAGAGCUCGACACCAGCAAACGUCGAGGCUUACGGAGCCAAGAACAUUUCCAACGACCUGAUGGCACUAUUGGAUGAGCUCAAUAUUGCCAAGGCUGUCUUUAUCGGCCACGACUGGGGUGGAAGUCAUGUGUGGCGAACGUGUCUGUAUCAUCCAGAACGAGUCAUUGCUGUCUGUGGAGUUUGCACGCCGUACAUCCCACCCAGCAAAACCUACGUGCCCUUGGAGGUGGUGGUGGAGAAAGUGCCACAGUUCAAGUACCAGCAGUUCCUGGCCAACACCGAAGUCUCGAGUAAAGUUCUUGACGCCUCGCCGCGUCGUCUGUUGACUGCGAUGCUCCGUAAGCCGUCGGAAAUGGGUCCUCGCGCGUCCCGGAUGUCGCUACCGAAGAUGCUCAAGGCCGUCGACUCGGACGCGGACCACCCGGUGUUCACACAGCGCUCGACGUUGCUAUCCGACGCUGAGCUGAACUACUACGUCGAGCAGUACUCCAUCAGUAAGUUCGCUAGCACGUGCCAAACUUAUGCUACGGGCAAGAUCGACUUUGAGAAUGAGAGGGGCCUGCCCAAAGUGAUUAAGCACCCAUCUCUAUUUAUUGGUGCUGCUAAAGAUGCAGUGCUCAAGCCUGAAAUGGCGAGAGGCAUGGCCAAGGUAAUCCCGAAUUUGGAGACGAAGGUCAUUGAAGAUGCCGGUCACUGGGUGCUGUGGGAGCAGAAAGAAGAGGUGAAUGCGAUCUUGUCCGAGUGGCUGGCGAACAUUGCGAGCGUUAGCAAUCUCAACGCAAAGUUGUAAGCAAUGCUCGUCUCGAUCGUCUUCAUCACCUCCAAUCUCAAUGUUUGGACGAGCUACGGGCCGUAGUACGGCUGCAGGAGUCCAGCCAGGACUGGCCAAUCGAUUGCAUUUCUUGUUCAAAGAGUUAAUAGUGCGUCAGCGCAUCAAUUCA